UUGGUAUUCUCUGUGCAGCGUGUGAGCCACACUCCAGUCCGGUAGAUGGCGGUAAUACACUUUCAAACUUUGCCAACUGCGAAUAAAAUCAAGCGAUAGAGAGAAGACACCGGCUUGUGUGUUUUCAGCUCGCAAACAGAUGAACGAUAAGGACGAUCCCGCCGCCCCCAUGAGGGUGCUGGUGACCGGAGGAUCCGGCUUGGUGGGCGGGGCCAUCCAGCAUGUGGUGAAAGAAGAAGGAGGAGCCAAGAAGGGGGAGGAAUGGAUAUUUCUGUCCUCCAAAGAUGCUGACCUCAUGAAUAUGGACCAGACGAGGGCAGUAUUUGAGAAACAUCGGCCCACGCACGUCAUCCACCUGGCUGCUAUGGUUGGAGGGCUUUUCAAGAACAUGAAGUACAACCUGGACUUCUGGAGGAAAAACCUCUACAUCAACGACAAUGUGCUCCAGGCAGCGCACGAAGUGGGCACGGUCAAGGUUGUUUCCUGCCUGUCCACCUGCAUCUUUCCCGAUAAAACAACCUAUCCUAUUGACGAGACCAUGAUCCAUAACGGUCCACCUCAUGAGUCCAACUUUGGCUACGCCUAUGCAAAAAGGAUGAUCGAUGUCCACAACAGGGCGUAUUUCCAGCAGCAUGGACGUUGCUAUACAGCUGUGAUUCCCACUAAUGUGUUUGGCCCUCAUGACAACUUUAGCAUCGAGGAUGGUCAUGUGCUGCCAGGCCUCAUACAUAAAGCGUACCUCGCUCAAAAGGAGGGGAAGCCUUUGGUGGUCUGGGGCUCUGGCACGCCCAGAAGGCAGUUCAUCUACUCUUUGGACCUGGCUCGUCUCUUCCUCUGGGUCCUGAGGGAGUAUCCAGAGGUUGAGCCAAUCAUUCUCUCUGUUGGUGAAGAAGAUGAAGUGUCCAUCAAAGAAGCAUCAGAAGCAGUUGUUGAGGCGUUGGGCUUUAAAGGAGAAGUUGUGUAUGACACCAGUAAAGCAGACGGCCAGUUCAAAAAGACGGCCAGCAAUGCAAAGCUGCACCGCUACCUGCCAGACUUCACAUUCACCCCCUUCAAACAAGCUUUAAAGGAAACCUGUGAUUGGUUUGUUGCCAACUAUGACACAGCCCGGAAGUGAGGAGGCUGCCAAACGAGUUGGCUCCAGUUCUUUUGUUCCAUCACCAGAGAAGCUGAUGGUGAUGAGAGAUGGGGGGGAAAACAAAGUGUUUCACAAACACAAGGGUGUCGGUCAAUAACCUGUCAGUUUUAUUCUUACUGUUGUUCCUCUCUUCAUGCAGCACCAUGGUGUGUUAUGUUGUUGCGGGAUACGGGCUCCUUCUCCAUACGUGGGUUCACAAUUUAGCUGGGUUAACUCGUGGAUGAUUUGGCCGGACUCUGGUUUCACAGUUCUUGAAAGCUGAAAUGAUGCCACUCAACUAUGGUGUCAUUCUUGUGUGAAGAACUGGUUGUGAUCAUUGACUUUCUAGAAGAGAUGGAUGUAGCUUCCAGGGCUAAAAAGUGAAGCUAAUGCAGAAGUGCCUUAAAAUAGCAUUCUUCUUAAUGGCCAGUAGGGGGUGACUUCUGCAGUUGCAAAAAAGAGGCUCCUGUGAGCUCUCACCUCAGUAAAGAAUUUCCUGAUGAGGUGCAGCCCAGUGGUUAGUUUCAAGUCUUAGUGAUCAUAAACAUCAGGACUUCACGAACUACAGGCUAACGUCACAGUGACUAAGCCCAUCUUUUAUAAACUCUGAUUAGAAUCGGUUCGCUCAAGAUAACGUGAGCAUUUCAGGACUCUUUGCUUACAUUGAGCGGUGCCUCCUCACUCAGUAAGGAAUAAUACACACAUGAAAAUUAUUAGCAGCCUGCAUUAGGAGACAAAUUUGAGUUUCCUUUCACUGCAACAAAACAAUAAAAUGAAACGAAAAUUGCACCGAGAGGCCUGGUAACCUCACCUUAUCCUCAUCCCAUCAGCUCUGAGGAAGAGGUCCCCUCUUCUUCGGGUGAUUUCAGCUGGGUUUAUUCAUUUAUACCUCCUUCAUAUUUUCGUUUUACAGUACACACAUUCAUUGUGCUGUAACCUGUUAAGUUAAAGAAAAAUCUUUUGGAAUUUGACUAUUAUUGCUGAGUUUUAUAUUGUCCCUCACUAUAUUUUUUUUCUGGAUUACUUGGUCGUAUUUUUUCCCCCCAUUUUAACUUAAGUUGUUGAUCAUUUCCAGUAACACAAGGUUUCCAGCAGGAAGUACCACAAGAGUUCCCAGUCAUCCCAGAUUUAAUCCAGCUGUUCUGUUGUAAUUGUCUGCUCUACAACCUGUAUGUAGAAGUUUCAGUCACUUUGGGAGUGUUAAUUAUUUCAACUGGUAAACGGGUUAUUUCAGUCUUGAAUCCAGGUGCUGGCACAACACAUAAUCUCAGUAAUCAGCAAUAUGUCUGGUAUAAACUUUUCUCAGAAGUUCAGAAUUGUGUUGGAUUUUUUAUUGAAGGGUUCGGGAUUUGAAUGUUUAAAUUGUUAUUGAUGCAGUUUAUAUAAUUGAGGAUUGUUAUGUGAUCUGGUGGUUUGGAUGUUUUUGUUUUGAACUACUCAGAAUAAAACUUAGCACAAAAAGGAAA